AUGCCGAAAAGCCCUGACUACUACAAGAUCCUCGGCGUGUCCCGUGAUGCGACCCAGCAACAGAUCCGCAACGCAUACAAGAGAGAAUCCCUCAAAUUCCACCCCGACCGAGUCCCCGCCGACUCCCCCGAACGACCGGCUCGGACGCAGAAAUUUCAAGAGAUCAACGACGCCUACUUUACUCUGUCCGAUCCUACCCGACGCCGCGAGUACGACCAGACCCGCGACUUCGAAGAAGCUGAAGAGGAAGUCGACGAGGAGGUGCCCCAAGGCGCCGGCGGCUUUCCAUGGUCGCGCUUCGGGUUCGGUAGUCGCGAUGAGCGCGACUCCGAUCAGUUCGGGUCUGUGUUCGAGGAGAUGUUGCGCGAAGAGGGACUGGCCGAGGAAGAGGGCACAAAUGGUGACAGACGCACACGGCCCACGUCGCGGUUCUGGGGUAUCGUGGGCGGCAUCAGUGGAGGUGCGCUAGGCUUCAUCGUGGCCAAUGUCCCGGGUGCGUUGGCUGGCGCUGUGGCAGGAAAUCGCUUGGGUGCCGUGCGCGAUGCCAAGGGCAAAAGUGUCUAUGAGGUUUUCGUGGACCUUCCGCAGCCAGAUCGGGCGCGGCUCUUGAGUGAGUUAGCGGCGAAGGUGUUCCAGUCAACUAUGGGCCGGUAA